AAUCGCGCAGCCAUCUUUUUGCGGGAGGAGGUAAAAAACAUAAAGCUGUAACAAUUUGUCAAGGAAGGACGGAAAGGGUAGCUCUGUUUUUUUCUUAUAUUAAUUUCUAUUACUUUGCAACUAUGUCCGAGAAUAUUGAAGGAGCAAAGAUUACUGAUGAGACUUCGACUGAGGAACAACAGGAAAUGGACGAUAAGGUGAUCAGUCCAGAGAAGAUGGAGGAGGCUAAGCUGAAGGCCCGGUACCCCAACCUCGGAGCCAAACCCGGGGGCUCUGACCUCCUCAGGAAACGACUUCAGAAGGGGCAAAAGUACUUUGACUCGGGUGACUACAACAUGGCCAAGGCCAAGAUGAAGAACAAACAGCUACCUGCAGCCAUGGCGGAGAAGACGGAGAUCACCGGAGACCACAUCCCCACCCCUCAGGACCUGCCUCAGAGGAAACCCUCUCUAGUGGCCAGUAAACUGGCUGGUUGAUGGCAGCCUUAAACGGUGCUGCUUAGUUCUCCGUUCUGUUCUUUCAUCUCCCCAACUUUAUCUUUGUCCUCUUUCAUGUUAGCUUUCAUUCCUUUCCUCAUUUCACUUCCAUUGAAAGGAACAUUUUGAGAAGUGGGCAGAGUGCAGUGAAGUAGUGCUGCUAAAGAACAACUCCAGUGGCGUCUGUCAGCUAGCGACAGAAACAGUCGAAAGCUAUCAGUCUGCUCAAAUGUUAACUGUACUGUAGUAAUAUUAAUUGGAAGUGUACAUAGCUCCUUGUGUGGAAGUUACGGGAGGAAUGAAUUUUAGAAUAUUUUACAUUUUACUGUACCAUUCCUUAUGUCCUCAUAAAUUAUGAAGUAAUGUGCUCGAAUGGUUUAAUAUAACCCCCAAUAUUGUCAAUUCACUCUUUCUAGUCACGGCCAUGUUCUUUGUUUUAUAUACUUUAAAUAUAGGUCAGAAAAUAAAAGAAUGGACCACACGGCUAUUGCUUGAGGACCAUAUUAUAAAGAGCAUGUGUGACACUAGAUUCUAAAAAAGGCUGCUGUUUGUUUGCUCCAAUCUUCAAUUACAAAAUGGCCUUAAACCCUCAGUCAGCAUUAUCACUCACAGAUUCUCUUGGGAAAUACAUCCGUUUGUGGGAACAUCCAAGUUAACCUAGUUAGGAGUGUGCUGAAAAUGGAUCUGAAACCAGUCUCCUUUGGAUUUUGUGGUUGGGUAACUCACUAAAUGAAAUGUUUGAAGUAUGCAUGUGCAUUGACUGUGCAGUCACUUUUUGUGCCAUUUUUGUAAAUAAAAUAGUUUUGCACUAAUGUCUCUGCCCUUUUGCCUUCCAAACAACUGUUCGCAAUUAAUCCACAAUGUAAAAAAACUAUGGUACCCUCUGCUACACAGGAAUCUGCCGUUUAGGUUUCCAUUUACAGACAAUAAUGCCAUGAGUGUACUAUGGAGGUGAUUUACAUCUGACAGGUAAAAAUGUGAGUGUUCGAGAUGUGUGUUUAUGCUGCCUGGAACUACAGUAUUUUUUUGUCUUGCACAUGACUUGUUAGCUGGUUAUUUCUGGCUUGCCCUCCAGGUACAUGAGGUUCACUAUGUAGUACAGAACAAGCUAUAUGGUUAUAGCCUGCUGAGAUAUUGGAAAAAUUUUAAAGUAUGACAACGCCAU